UUCAAACUGUGGACCUUUUGGUUAACAGCCAUAGCUCUUAACCACUAUGCCACCAGGGUUUCCACGCCUAUUUUACAGGUAUGUAAAUUGAGGCUAAAAUUUUACAUAACUUGUUUAAGAUGGCCCAACCAAAUGGCACACCAAGGAAAAACAAUCCCUGGUAUGUGUUUUAAAGUCAUCUGAGAUACUUAUGUGGUGAUGGAGGUGAGAAGUAUGUUUUGAGAAAAAUCAGUGAUUAAGGAGCAAAAUCUCUUAAUAUUAAGAAUAAAAGGUUUUUAAGAGUGUGUAUUUUGGGAUAUGUAACAAGGCCCAGUGGGAUUCUCAAGUUAUAUAAGACUGAGAAUUCAAUGAGAUUUGCUCUAAAGAGUGAUUAAUUUCUGUGAUAUAAUGCCUCUUAUUUAUUAAUGUGGACAAUGCACGAAAUAUUAAAAAGAAAAUAAAACAUAAAUUAAUUAAAUGGGACUGUAAGUCAAGUGGGACUGAACAGGACAAAAAGGCAACUCAGGCCAGACUGCUAUUUUCCCACUGACCCCCCACUCCCACCCCCUGCUACUUCAUAGGCCAGGGGUCUGCAAACCUUUUGUGUGAAGGGCCUGAUAGUAAAUAUUUUAGGGUUUGCUUACUACAUACUUUUCUUUCUUCCAGCUACUCAGCUCACCUGUUGUAGCUCAAAAGCAGCCGUAGACGAUAUGUAAACAAAUGGACAUGGUUAUGUUAGAAUCAAACUUCAUUUAUGAAGACUGAAAUUUGAACUUCAUGUUAUUUUCAUGUGUCACGGAAUGUUACUCUUCUUUGAUUAUUUUUUCAGCCAUUCAAAAGAUGUAAAAACCAUUCUUAGUUCACAGGCUGUACAAACAGGCAACAGGCCAGAUUUGGCUCACAGGCCAAGUUUUGCAACCAAAAGGUAGGCAGUUCAAAUCCAUCGGCCACUCCUUGGAAACCCUGUGGGGCAUUUCUACUCUGUCCGAUAGGGUCGCUAUGAGUCAGAAUCGACUCGACAGGAAUGGAUUUGGUUUGGUUUUUGGUACCCUAGCUUAGUCACUGUUAAGUUGGAAUUGACUCUACGGUAAUGGAUUUGGUUGAUCCUAGCCUGGAAGGAGCCCUGGUGGUGCAAUGGUAAAGUGCUCAGCUGCUAACUGAAAGGUUGGCAGUUCGAACCUUCCAGCAGCUCCCUCAGGAGAAAAGACCUGGUGAUCUGCUCCUGUGAAGAUUACAUCCUGGGAAACACUGUGGGGCAGUACUACUCUGUCACAUCGGGUCACUAUGAGUAGAAAUCGACUCAACAGCACGCAACAACAUCAACCCUAGCAUGACUGUGCUCCUCUGGUUUCCAGACAGUUUGCUUAUUGCCUCUGUGGGUGUUUAUUUUACUUCAAGCAUUUAUAUGUUGUUGUGGACCAGGAGCAGAAUCUAAGAGGAGACUUCAGAGAACUGAGUAGCAGAAUUCCUUUCACUCGUAUUUUGCAGAAAUGUGACUUGCAGAAUUGCUGCUGCCAUAGCGGCUGUCUAAGAGGAUUUAUAACAAAAUGGAAAAUUCUUGGCAUGCUCUGUCAUUUUUAUUCAAGAUUAAAGGAUAAAUACAGGGCUUUGUAGUAUCCCCAGAAGCUAUCUUUUUUCAAAGUGGUGCCAACAAAUACAGAAGUUCUUUGUGUGUUUGAACAGUAUAGGUCAUUGCUAGAAUUUGUAUGUUUUUGUUGUUGCUCUUUCUCUCUAGGGAAGCGAGCCUUGAUGUAAUGGAAACAACCCUUUAGUUGGUGUCAAAAAGACCAAGUUUUGAGUUCCAUCUCGGUUAGUUUUAUUGUGAUCUUGGGUCUUUGUUUUAAGAGGGACCACUGGAAGCAUCUGACGACUCCUCCAUCUUGGCCCUGCCCCCAAGAAACUGCCCAGGCUAUAAUAUUUACGGAAGCAGACUGCCACAUUUUUUUCCUGUGGAGCAGCUGCCAGAAUUCAACUACUCCACAAUGACAACAAUAACAGUAACCACAGAAGUUUCUCCAAGGAGCAAGAAAGAAGAUCAUUCUGCCUUGUAUGAGUCCACGUCGGCUCACAUCAUUGAAGAAACAGAAUACGUGAAAAAGAUUCGAACAACUCUGGAAAAGAUCCGACAUCAAAUGUUUAAAGAUGAAGUAGGUCAUAGCAAUACACAUAACACACUGGACGCAAAGUGCUGUCAAGAUGUGCAAAAUGGCACUGAAUCUGAAAUGGACCCCUCUUGUUGCCAUUUGGAUCAGCUCAUGGAAGGGAUGAGAGGAAAAGAUUUACAGCUCUUAGAGAUGAACAAAGAGAAUGAAGUAUUGAAAAUCAAGUUGGAAGCCUCCAGAGAAGCUGGAGCAGCAGCUCUGAGAAAUGUGGCACAGAGAUUGUUUGAAAACUAUCAACGACAAUCUGAAGAAGCUAGAAAAAAGCACGAGGACAGUGCACACUCACUCCAGGCUAACAAGCUUGAAAAAGAACAAAAAUUGAAACAACAUGUUGAAAAUUUGAAUCAGGUUGCUGAAAAGCUUGAAGAAAAACACAACCGAAUCACAGAAUUGGAGAACCUCAUACAGCAAAUGGAGAAGGAAAAGAGAACACUGCUAGAAAGAAAAAUGUCUUUGGAAAACAAGCUGCUGCAAUGCAAGUCCAGUGCUACAUACGCUAAAAGUUGCCAGGAUCUUCAAAUGGAGAUUUCCACUCUCCAGGAGCAGAUCUCUCAUCUGCAAUUUGUGAUUCACUCCCAACAUCAGAACCUGCGCAGUGUCAUCCAGGAGAUGGAAGGGUUAAAAAAUAAUGUAAAAGAACAAGAUAAAAGAAUUGAAAAUCUGAAGGAAAAAAUUAACAUACUUGAAGCCCAGAAUAAAGAACUAAAAACCAAGGUGGCACUCUGGUCUGAAACUCCUAGGACAAAGGUGUCUAAGGCAGUCUCUACAAGUGAAUUGAUGACUGAAGUCACCUCCCCAUAUUUAAUGUUGAUCAGACUACGGAAAUGAACCUGCUAGAAAAGAUCUCAUUGAAGAAGAUCAUUAUGUAGUUCUUAUUUAUUUCUUGAAAUACAGUCCAAACUUGUGUGGUAAAAUGGCAUAGUGCCAGUAUUUAAAUGAGACUUCCUACAAUGAGCUUUUCAGGAACACAACAUUCCAGAAAAUCCAACAACUGUGUUUGACGGAAGGAACUCUUUCUUCAGAACUUACUAAAUGGGUGAAGAAACCAGGAGCUUUCCCAUGAUGGAAGAUGGAUUCUGCUUUAAAACUUUUUUUUUUUAUAACCUGAAUCUUGUUUUCAAAUAUUUGCUGAAGGGACUGGUUUAAGGUUGUCAGUGUUGACCUUUCGAUAGUGGUUUAUGAGUCUAACUAUAAAGAAGAGCGUAUAUAUGUAUGAAUAAACAGUGUUAUGUUAAAGCUGACCUUUGGAUAAUAAAUAUCUUACUAUGACAUAAGAUCAUUUCUUGGCCCAUUUGUAGUGAGUUAUUCUCUACUAAGUUAUGGGCAGGAGAGGGAAAAGAUUCUUUAUAGCACAUUCCCCACCACACACCACACUCCAAAGCUGAGAAUCAUGGCUAGCUCACCACACAUCAGGGAAGUGACUCUUUGUUGUUGCUGGGUGCCAUCAGUUCCAUCUCAUAGUACAACAGAACAAAACACUGCCCAGUCCAGCACCAUCCUUUCAAUCAUUGCUAUGUUUGAGCCCAUUGUUACAGCCACUAUGUCAAAUCCAUCUGGCUGAGGGUCUUCCUCUUUUUUGCUGACCUCCUACUUUACCAAGCAUGGCUGAUCUUAAUUGUGCUGAAAUUAAGAAUUAGUUCAGAAUGAUAGCUCUAGGCUACCCACAGACAUAAGCUCGCAAGGAUGCACCCAGUGUACUCUGCCUUAGUGACAGAUUUUCUGCUUAAUGUUCAUUAAUUAACUAAAUAAAAUGUUUGAGGGGAAGAAUGGCACAUAGUGGUGUUAGCCCAUGCCUCCACAAAAACGUAUAUAUCCUGGGUUCAAGCCUGGAAGAAUCUGAAUUUACGUGUUUAGUGCUUUUGUGAAAGUAUGCUUAAAUUCUGAUGCAAGCCGUAAUUACAGGUGGGGUUUGUGAUUGUUAUGAGUAAAAACAAACUCUAACUUGUAGAAGUGCAAACAUACUGACCUCAGGAAAGCAGAACUUACUUCAAUUAAAUGAAUGAGGCCUUGGUCAUGCUCUCUGAUGUAUAACUCUACACAUUUCCUCAGGAAGAUGCUGCAGUCCUUUCAGUGUAGAAUAUGAAGUAUCAGUGUUGUUAUCUAUAAAAUAUGUAAAGGUGUAUACCAUUGAGAUACAGUAAUGUAUUUAUAAAUUCAUCCAAGUACUGUAAUCCUUAAAGUUCUUGCAUAACUAUAAGUAUGAGUUUCAUGUUUCAAAGUUGUCUUUGUUUUUAUUGUCUGCUGAUUUUUAAGGUAUAUAUUCCUAAUAAUAACAUUUCGAGCAUACUUGCCCCAUAUCAGGAGCAAUUCUAAUAUGUUUUCUGUAGUAAGUCCUUUAGUUUUCCAACAAUGCUCAGAAGCAGGUCAUAUUAUUUUCUCCAUUGUGAAAAGGAAAAUAACCUGAGUGGUCCAGUAACUUGCCUAACUGCUAAUUAUGGAGCAAGCUUUGAACCUUUUGACCUGUUGAUAUCUCUUCUGCCUGCUCACUUGGUCUGAAGCGUUUCUGAAUUAUAGAAAUGCCUCCCUUUUGGGGGGACCCUGUUACGGCUUAAUCAUCAUGCAAGGUUUUAGUAAUUAUGAGAUUUUAGAAUGAAUUCACCCAGCUGACCUAACAAUCUGAUGAUUUCUAUUAGAGGAAAAAAAAAGUUUUGAAAGUCAAAAUUGGGAAAACAUUGUUGGAUUUGAUUUUGAUUUCACUAUACUCAUUUUUGAACAUGGAAGUCCAGUUGGGUCUAGUACAGAAAGGACCUGCUCAUGAGGGCUCUGGGUUCACGAUGGAAUGGUUUAUGGAACACCAGGGAAUAAGAGUAAGUAGACUCAGAAGCCUAAAAAGAUGUGAACUUUUCAAAUACAAAAAUAUCUUAUAUAGUAGCAUCCACUACAAAUUUGUGUGUCGUGUAGGGAUCAUUUCCCGUGUUCUUAUUGUUUCAGCUUUUAUAUUUUAAGAUUUUUUUCUAAAGAAAAAUUUCUAAUGAAAAAACAAGAUUAUAACUGGUAAUGAAAUUUAUUAGUCUAAACAUAAUUCUCUACACUUAACGGCACUGGGUUUUUGGUUUAACAUAGGAAAAGAAACACUAGUGCAGUUAGAGUUUAAAUAAUUGUACCUAAAAUUAUACUGAACAGUAUAUCAGAUAGGGCAGUCUGAGAUGGGCCUUGGAGUUAAUGCAUGAAGGUCGGAAAAUGAGAAGAAGCUGAGUUUUACUUUGAUUAAGCAUACUGUUACAAAUUAUUAUUAAAUGCUUAGACUACACAACUGCUAAAUCUUUUGAAUAUUUGUAAUAUGCCUUACAAUAAAGAAAAUUGAUUUAUUGUGUGAACUUUGUUUUGAUUUCUUUUUACAUUAAAAUCGUUAUUUAUAAAUA